AUGCCUACUACUAGAGCCUGGAUUGAACCGAAGGAUCACUCCGUUGAAGGGCACACAAAGCAAUGUAUCCUUACCUUCAAUGGCGUUGUUAAAUGGGGGCCGAAAUCGUGUCACGAUAACACGACCCAGCUGCGAGACGCCCUUCACAAGGCCGAUUCCCGCUUUGAUAUGAUUAUUAUGGACAAGGAAAAAACAGUCGAGGGUCACACGGCUACCAUCAGCGUCAGCGCUGGCGAUCAUGUCUAUUUGGAUAAACUCUCCACGCACAACAACAUGACAGAGCUAUGUAAAGCCGUCUUCGACGCCCAGCAUGAGAAUUCGGUAUGUGGCUCUCGUUCUAUCUACUUGAUACCUCGUCCCCAAAAGUUCUCUGAGGAUAAGGCCGAUGCAACACUGGCGUCUCAGCUUCCCCAGCCAUCUCCUCCCAUGAUUGUACUUGCACCGAUUCUUCGUUUCGACACUUUCGCCUCCGGAGAUCGCGUCACGAAGGGUGUACUUCGUCGUGGCAGGAUUAUUGCUAAACAGAGGGCGAUGGAGUUUGAAAUGGAGGACAGCAUUUGCAAGGGUCUCAUGUGACAUAUACCU